UCUCCCGCUCCGAAGCAUGGAACCCGCGGACCCCGAACCCGCGCCGCCGAUGAUGGCCGCGGACGACUUCUUCGCCGCCCCCGGCGCGCCGCCGCCGAUCGAACCCGCGGGCGCAGACGACGCCGUCGCCGCGGCGCCCGCGCUCGAGCCGCCCGCGGAGCCCGUCGAAUUCACCGCGUCGUUCGACGCCCCGCCCCCGGUCCCCCCCCCGGCGUCGGAUUUCGAGGACGCCGCGCCCGCGAUCGUCGCGGCGGACGCUCCCGCGCCGCCGCCGCUCGCGAUGGACGACGCGACGAUGUUCUCCGCGCCGUCCGCGAGCGGCAGCCAGAGCGACAUGACCGGCAUGGGCGGCGGCGUCCCGAGCGUCGACGGCGUCGCGUCCCUCGGCGGAGGCAGCCUCGGUAGCCAUGGCGACGCGCCCGCGGGCUCGGCGAUCGACGCGGACGCGUUCGGCGGCGCGGCGUACGACGCCCCGGUCGGCAGCGCGCCGACGAUGGAGCAAGAGCAGUUCUCGUCCAACGCGAUGGCGGAGUGGCGCGCGGAGCAGGCGCGCCUGAUCGCGGAGAAGGACGCCGCGGAGCAACGCGAGCUUCAGGUGAUCCGCGAGGAGGCGCAGGCGGAGCGAGAGCUCAUGUACUCGCAGCGAGAGAAGCAACUGGACGCGGCGUUUAAGACGAACCGCGAGCGGCAAGAGAGCGUCGUUCAAGACAUGGAGUUGAAAGGGUGGGAGGCUGUCGUGAACCUGUCGUCGGACUCGAACUUAGUCCCGGGGAGCACCGCGGACCUCGCCAAGUACAAGGCGCUGUUGACGCGGUUGAAGCACAAAGAGCCCGAGGCGUUCUCGGCCGCCGUCUGAUCGAUGAUGAGAAUGAUUUGAUUUAUCGAUCGAACGAUCGAUCGGAGAGUUUUGGACGGGGUCACGCGACGCGCGGUCGAGCGUUUGCGUGUUCGAUCGCGGAAGGAAGGAAAGGACGAGAGGUACAGUACAUCGCGGAAGGACGCGCGCGAGAGAGAGCGGCGUAGCCCUGCGGUAGUGUCGUUGAAAG